UGUACUAUAGUAUAUAUACUAAACGUCCAUGUCAUAAGAUAACAGAGAGUGAAGCAGUUGUUAUAUUAUAUUUCCCAUUUAAAUCGUAGAUAUGUAUACGUGUCGGUGACAAUACUAAUAAUUAAUAUUACAAAAAAUAACAACGAAACACGUACGAAUUAAUUCUAAGAUGUUUCGAUCGCAAAUGUCAUUAUAAAAAUUUCGUACUUGGUUUAAAGGUUAGAGUGUAUGAGCACUUAAUGUAUACGUAUGCCGGGAAGUAUAAAAUAAAUUGAAAUUUAAUUUUAUCAAAAGUUUCUUUACAAAGUAUUUGCAAAGACUUAAUCUAUCUAAAAGUGGGAAGCUAAGAAUAAAAGUAUAAUGGGAAUCGACAGCAUGAGAGUUGGAACAGGCAGAUGUUCACCUCUUUUAGUUGGAGGACUCUUUAUUGCAUGUUUAAUGCUUAUUUGCAACUGGUGGACUUUAUCUUCUGAAAAUUUAGAUUUAGUGCACCAAAUAGAUGAACUUAAUGAGCAGCUUAAAAUAAGCGCAGAAGAUAGAGAUCAGUGUGUAACAUUACGCAGUAAAUUAGAGCAAAGAUAUAAACAAAUGGAAGAUGACAUAGCUUAUUUACAUGUAAGAUUAGAAAAGCAAAAUGAUUUAGAGAAAAAAAAUGAUGAACUUAAAGAUUCUAUAGUAAUCUGUAAAAGUGAAUUAGACUCAUUGAAUAAAUUAGAUGCUAAACGAAAAGAAAAUAAAAAACUUCAAGAAGAAUUGGACAGAGUCAAAGAUGAAAUGGAAAAAUUAAAACUUGCUUAUAAUGCACCAGCUAAUAAUAUUAAAUCUGAUCUUACAUUAACACCUACAAGAAAGGUCAUUGAUGCUAGUCAGUUACAUCUUGUUCGGGACUCCGCUAUAAGAAUAUCUGUAGCUGGUCAGCGUGGUUUGAAGUACCAUCAAAUCCCAAUUCUACCAACAGAUCCACCUGGUGCUGUGCGCCUAGCUCCUCGUCUUUCAGUAACAAUGUUAAAAGCUAAAAGAAAUGUAGAAAUAGAAAAUGGCACGACUCAAGGAAUAGAAAAUGACGAAGUAGAAAAAAAUGAUGUAAAUAAUCAAGGAAAUGAGGCAGUAGAAACUGUUUCAUAUGUAGAAAAGAGAAACCAUCAAUUAUCUAAUCAAUCGAUGCAUUAAAUAUCUCUGUGAUAUAAAUACUUAUUUACUGGAUGCCUUGUCAAUUAAAGUAAAUUAAAUAAUUUGUAUAGUAUUUCUAAGAUAAUGACAGAUUAGUUUUGGAAAUAAUGUUCGAAAGCUUUUAAUGUUUGGUUACAGUUAUGCAAUAUAAGAAUAUUAAGUAUUAUUACACUUAUUUUUUUUUUUUUCAAGAAAAUAUAUUCAUAUCUUAUUUCAUGUAAAAUUAUGUAAUAAAAAGAUUAAGUACAACGUUAUAAUUA